AUGUUGAGUAAGGUACCUCCAUUGUUCCUGGAUGUACACCGAGACCAUUUUGUUCUUGACAUGUGUGCAGCUCCGGGCUCAAAAACUUUUCAAUUACUUGAAAUGAUACACCAGGAAUCAGAAGUGGGAGCAUUACCAAAUGGAAUGGUUAUAGCAAAUGAUGUGGAUGUACAACGAUGCAAUCUUCUUAUUCACCAAACAAAGAGAAUGUGCACUUCUAACUUGGCUGUGACGAAUCACGAAGCACAACAUUUCCCGAGUUGUCGCUGGAAAAAGAAUAAUACCACAAAUGGUUCUGAUUUGGGGGGUAUGAGUAUGACUGAACUUUUAUUUGAUCGUGUGCUGUGUGAUGUUCCAUGCAGUGGAGAUGGUACUCUCCGUAAGGCCCCUGAUAUUUGGAAAAAAUGGAGUGUGGGGAUGGCCAAUGGUGUCCAUUGUCUACAACUUCAGAUAGCCAUGCGAGGUUUGGCAUUGCUUAAAACUGGUGGAAGAAUGGUUUACUCAACAUGCUCUAUGAAUCCAGUUGAAAACGAGGCCGUAGUGUCUGAGAUAUUACGAAAGUGCGGAGGCUCUGUUGAGCUUGUUGAUGUAUCUUCGGAACUCCCUCAGCUUGUUCGCAGACCAGGUCUUAAGACUUGGAAGGUUCGAGACAAAGGCACGUGGUUAGGUUCUCAUAAAGAUGCAUGCAAAUAUGGAAGAUCUGGGAUUGUUCCUAGCAUGUUUCCUUCUGGCCAACCCCAUGUUGACACAUCAUCUGAUGAAAACGGGGAUAAUAAUAAUGAUGAUGUUUUGGUGACCGAAGUUUCAUCUCUUCCUUUAGAGUGUUGCAUGCGCAUUGUCCCUCAUGACCAGAACACUGGAGCCUUUUUUAUUGCUGUUUUGCACAAAAUAUCUCCUUUGCCAGUCAUACAAACAAAAUCAAGCAAACAUUCCCGGCAGCCUCAAUCCGAUAGUGAUGAAAAAACGAAACAACCAGAAGAUGACAAGGCAAUGAAUGUAGAUGUGAAAAAUGAAGAAUCCGAUAGUGAUGAAGCGACUAACCCAAGCAAAAAACUCAAAGGAACCGAGCCUGAGAAAACCGAAACCCUAAAUAACCCAAAAUCUCGUGCAGAAAAGGCUAAUGACAAGAGAAAAUUGCAAAUUCAAGGCAAGUGGUUUGGGGUUGACCCUGUUGUUUUCUUUAAAGAUGAUGCUAUUCUCGCUAAUAUCAAGGAAUUUUACGGAAUUCCUGAAUCCUUUUCCUUCACUCAUCGGCUUAUCACACGAAAUAGUGAUACAAAUCAUGUGAAGAGAAUUUACUAUGUAUCCGAAUCUGUGAAGAAUGUUGUUGAACUCAAUUUCUUAGCUGGCGAGCAACUCAAGAUAACUUCAAUUGGUUUGAAGAUGUUUGAAAGGCAAACAUCAAGAGAAGGCACUUCCUCACCUUGUGUAUUCAGAAUAUCUUCAGAAGGGUUGCCAUUGCUUCUUCCACACAUGACCAAACAGAUUACUUCUUCACCUGCUGUAGAUUUCAAGCAUUUACUGCAAUACAAAUCCAUCAAAUUCCCUGAUAUUGUCGAUGAUCGAUUUCGUGAAAAAGUUGCAGCCCUUGCUUUGGGCUGUUGUGUGGUGGUCCUCAACAAAGGUAACGAAAAUGAAGGCGAAGGCGUAUCGGAUCGGCCUAAAGUGGAUAAGUCGACAAUUGCGAUUGGUUGUUGGAAAGGACGGUCGAGUUUAUCAGUAAUGGUGACAGCUGUAGACUGUCAGGAAUUGUUGGAAAGGUUAUUGAUUCGGUUUGAGACCCAAAAGGAAUCUUUGGCUGAAGAUGCAAUAAAAGUUAAGGAAACCGAAACAGUUGGUUGAAGUUGAAGUUGAACUAAAAAAAUGUAGGAUCAGGAUCAGUUAUGUUGGUAAUGCUAUUAAGCUAAACAUUUUUAAACUAUUUAUUCCAACGACUGAAAUGCAAAAAGCAGAAGCACGACAUUUUUGAUUGUUUCACCAGAAAUAAUUACACUGCUUCAUAUAGGUGAUAUAAGUUGUGCAUUUUUUACCAAUGGUAAAAGGUUGCUAUCUUAGGCGCCACAUCAACUUUUACG